AUGGAUCCUGGGCCAGGCCAUCCCAGUCUACCUGAACUCACUCAGAUUGAGGAAAUGCUCAUUGCCCGCGUCCACGUUACUAUUGAAGUUCGCCAGGUCAGAGGCGCCCAGUACCGUUAUAAAGGUCACAUUUGCAACUUCCUUCGUGACACUGGACUCAUCUACAGCAAGCUACCUCUUCUACCUCGAGACCUUGAGUUAGUCUUACUACGUCCUCCUAAUGCUGACGCCAAUCCAUUACUCAAUCGCCAGUUCAGACGAGACUUCCGUGUUCGUCAGAGGGCUAUCCGUGAAUGGCUCCAAUUCCUGCGCCUUAAUCAUCCUGGCUAUUCUAACAUCGAGAUUGAUGAGGCUGCCCUUCAACAGCUCCCGAUUGACGAUUCUAUUGCCGACCAACUAAUCACGGAAGAAGUCCCUGAUAGCGUUGAAACGGUAGGCAGCGAUGAACAGGAUGUUGCAGAUGAAGACGAAGGCGCCCAGACCUCGGUUAUCCCUGAUCUUCUUGCCCGUGAGGAAGAGAUCGAAGGUCUCCGUCGUCAGGUUGUACAACGACGCCACUUAACCUUGCCGCCGAUGCGUGCCACGCCGCUAUCUGAGUUCAACACAACCCAGCCAAUGCUAUCCUGGGCGUUUCCUACCCUAUUUCCUUAUGGUAUUGCGGAGUUUGUUACUCCUCGCCUGCGAUCUAUAACAUACACCGACUACGUUAAGCAUCUCCUCAAGUACCAGGAUGGGCGUUUUGCAAAACAUCCUCGCUUCAGGUACGUCGUCUUUAACACUAUUAUGCGGAAGCAAGUCAAUACCAGAUCAAGCUUCUUUGUUAAGAAAACCGAUCGUGAAGAGAUGACCAUUGACGAUCUACGAGCUGCCUUUGAUGAUAACACCGCUGAAGCUCAGGCUCUACUAAAUUCGAUCACUCGCCACGCCGAUAGCCUUCGUGGAACGAGACCUUUUUGGGCUGGCCGACGUCGUCAACUUGAGGCCUUUGUGAAAAACCUAGGAUCGCCUCAUCUGUUCGUUACGCUCUCCGCGGCGGAUUACCAUUGGCAUGAUCUUAUGAAGCAUCUACCUGAGUUCGAUCGAUGGGAGAUAGCAACUCCGGAUGAGCGAAUCCGAAUUGCCCGUCGCAACAUUCGCGAUAACCCCCUGAUCGUUGCCUACUACUUUCAUGCCCGUCUUGAGGCCUUUAAACAGACUGUCCUCAUUCCAAAGUUCAACAUUAAGGACCAAUGGAGUCGUUAUGAAUGGCAGAGCCGUGGUAGCACCCACACACACGGCUGUUACUGGAGCGAUGGAACCCCAGACCCUGAUGUCGAUCAACUUGAUCCUGAACUCAUGGAUUACUUUGCUAGGUUCUGGGGCAUCCACAUCUCUGCAAUCAAUCCUCAAAAGGACCGUCAGCAACUAGCAUCAGAGACUCCUCUUUCUCUUGCUCAUGAGGAUCAACAGAAUGAGCUCGAACAUCUGUCUGCCGUUGUGAAUCGUGUACAACGGCACCAAUGCUCAGAGGCCUAUUGCCUGCGGAAAGAGAAGGCCACUGGCACAAUUAAAUGCCGUUUCAAUUACCCACAACCUGAACGUGAAACUCCUGGCCUUGAGAUUCCUGUUGGUAGCACGUUCUAUCGUUUCCAGCCUGCCCGCAACGAUGGCCGUCUCAACAACUACAACAGGCUAGUCAGCCUAGCAUGGCUUGCAAACACCGAUAUUGCGCCUUGCACAGGGGCUGUUGCCGUUCUCAAUUACAUUGCUAAAUACACCACGAAGGCAGAACGGCAAUCAGAGUCUUAUCAACAGAUUGCUACUCGAUUGCUUCCUCAUCUCAACACCACCAGGCCGCUAACCUCCUUCGUCUCAAAGACCAUGAAUCGCCUCCUUGGGGAGCGAGACUGGUCUGCCCAGGAAGUGUGUCAUCUCCUCCUUGACCUACCUCUCUCAAUUGGUAGUCGGCCUGUCCAGCUUGUGGACUGUCGUCCUGAGGCCCAGCAGGCUACUAACUACAGACUGGAAGAUGAAGGAGACACUCUCAGACGCGGCCAGUCACCUUUACAGAAGUAUAAACUACGUCCUGAGCGGCUCGAAGGCAUUUCAUUCCUUCAAAUGCUACGCCUUUACAACUUCCGCCGCUCCGAUCAAAUGCAAUUACGCCCUCGAGCUCCUCCACAGAUCCUUAACUAUUACCCUCGCUAUAAGCCUAGCGACGUUGAGAAUUAUGCAAGGAUUAAGCUCACUCUUCAUGUCCCUUUUCGAGAGAUCGAUGACCUCUUGAGACUGGAUGACGAGCGUUUCGAGACGUUUCCUGAAGCAUUCGAUUACUGGCAACAGGUGUAUGGCCCUACAGCAGAGCCAGACUUCCUUGAGGAACUGCCUCCUGAGCCUGAGGAACAGGAUGAGUUUGAAGAUCUUCCUGACGAUGAUGAGGACAUUCAACAGUCUUGGGAAGUCCUUGCACGUCAACUACCCAAUCGUGACGAUAAUAUCCGCAUUGAGGACCCUGACCAACUCGGCGAUAGGGACCUUGAUCGUGAGUACGAUUGGACGCCCCAUGUUGGCCGUUUUACCUUUCCUGACGACUACUGGAAGGAAUUAAAGCAAGCCGAGCCUGCCUCUCUUCAUGCUGAGUCGACGACUAUAGAUCCUGAUCAACUGGAACGUCAGCAACGACGCCUUUAUGACUUCGUUGUGGCUGAUUACGCCGGCGAACUUGCUGGCCUUCCGCCUCCUCAAUUCCUUCUUAAUCUAGAUGGGAAGGCAGGCACAGGCAAGUCCUUCGUCAUCAUGCUCAUUUCAGCCACGCUACAACAGAUGGCCACAAACGCAGGCCGUCAGUUCCCUAUCCUCCGAGCGGCGCCAACGGGCGUGGCAGCUCACGGCAUCAGUGGAAGGACUCUCCAUGCUCUUCUACGUCUUCCUAUCAAGUUUCCAAAGAGCUACGAGAAGCUCAGUCAGCAGAAUCUACAGGCUGCCCAGUCUACCAUGCGUGAGAUCCGUUACCUCAUCAUUGACGAGAAAUCCAUGAUUGGCCUCAAGAUGAUGUCCUGGAUGGAUCAGCGACUCCGCGAGAUCUAUCCUACGAGAGAUCUUCCAUUUGGCGGAAUCAACAUUAUCAUUGCAGGCGACUUUUGUCAAUUGCCGCCGGUAGCCAUGAAGCCAUUGUUUUUCCAAGGUCAAUUAGUUGAUCCUACUGAAGUAGCUGGCCGGACGCUUUACAACCUAUUCGACAAGACUAUUGAGCUCAACGUGAUCAAGCGCCAGGACGGCCAGACUACUGAGGCAAUCGCUUUCAGAGAGGCUCUUAAUGCUCUCCGAGAAGACAGAGUCACGGUUGACGAUUGGGGCCUCUUAACAACUCGCGUUGCAGGUAUCAUUCCUCAUGAAAUCCCUACCUUUGAUGACGCUAUCCAUAUCUAUGGUAAGAAACAACAGGUGAAUGAAGUGAAUCACGCUCGGAUGAGAGAUCUUCAACAGCCUGUUCUCAAGAUCAUGGCUACUCAUGAAGGUUUGAAAGCAAACGAGGCCAGCUCUGACGCGGCAGGAAAUCUUCAUGCUGAACUACCUCUUGCCCUCGGGACGCGAAUUAUGCUCACGGAGAACAUCUGGGUUGAGAGAGGCCUCGUCAAUGGCGCUCUCGGAACGGUUCGCGAUAUCGUCUGGAAGGCAGACGUGGACUGGCGACAGGAACCUCCUCUCGCUCUCAUUGUCCAAUUUGACAGAUACGAAGGGCCUUCUCUACAGAACGAAGGCACGGUCCCAAUCUUCAGAUCGAGGCGUGAGUUCUACAGAGGCGCUGUCAACUGCUCCCGUAAGCAGUUUCCUGUCACAGUGGCUUACGCGAUUACAGUCCAUAAAGCUCAAGGAAUGACUGUGGAAAGAGCUGUUCUGGACUUGACAGAACGAGACUUCGCGGCAGGACUCAGUUACGUCGCUGUUUCGCGUGUUAAAACGCUCAGUGGCAUCCUGUUCAAGGAGUCCUUUGAUUACGAACGCUUCCAGGUUCGUCCGUCAGAGACUGUAAAGGCACGGAAUGCCGAUCGUCAGCGUCGAUCAACGCAGCAUUUGGGCACUCAAACCACUCAGGAACUAGUCAUUCGAAGCAGUUCACCAGUGAUGCCAGAGUGA